ACCGUUUUUUUCAUUCCAAAAAGAAUAACUUUAUCAAAUGAGUUUUGAAUUUAGCUAUUCGUGCUCCUGCACAGAAAGCUUUCCUUUAACGGUGAACGAGCUGCACCAGAAACGCAAGGAAAACGAUUGGAGAGAAACAGUUGAUGCGAUUGUUGAUCGCAUAUGGGAGGACAAAGAUAGUGAGGCAAUGUUGACGAUGAUCGGAACUGUACACAAACUUCAAAACACCUACCAAACACCUGUAUGUGAGGACGAUGCGAUCAGCUACGAUACUACUGCUGAUGCUAAUCUUUCACGAGAUGGCCUGCGGUUGGGGGUGAUGAAAAGCCUGUCGAACAACACCCCAGAUAGCGGUUGUUGCCUAUGCCGCAACGUUUCCGAGCGAUUGUCAGUCAUCGUGGACGCAGGAUUAGCAGAACUGAAUGUUGAACCGAUCGUCAAUGAGUCCCUUUUAGCAAAGGUCCAUCUUUUGAUGCCGUUUGUAAAGAAAUAUCAACACGACGUAACGCUUCUUACAUUUUUCAAACGGCUCUGGCAUCAUGCUGUAAGUCAUUACGUCCCCACGCUUAUCGAAGUCCUCUCUCAGGCUUAUCCUGAGUACUUGAAUCAUUUUGUGGGCAACCUAUUGCAGAGCGAAGAACCAAAGUACGAAACCAUGCAGUCAAGCCCAGAAUUCCAGUUUCUCUCACGAUGCCUCACGGUUGGCCCAUCAUUCUUCGUGAUUCUUACCUAUUUGGCUGAACACGAGGGAUAUAGGGCCGAAACACUGAUGAUUGCGUUCGUACGGUUUAUUAAAACAAAAUUACCCACGAAGGAGUUCUUUACAUUAUUUCCUAAACAUAUUAGACCUUACGCUAUCGUAAUGAACGAGAUUAUCGAUCCUACCGAUCCGGAGGCGCAAACGAUGGUGUCUAAACUUCGCACUCAACACCCCUUGGGCUACAGGAUGCUCGUCAAGAUUUCCCCUGCUUUUUACAGUCUUUGAAAAUUUUAAUUUCUUAAACCGCCUCCUAAGCUGUUCUAACCCAAUUUUCCUCAUUCUUAGAUUGCAAGCCAGUAGCUC